GAUGAAUUAAAAAAAAAACUGCCUAUAUGAACAUCUUUUUAUUUCAAGUUCUUGUGAUUUAGAAAGGCGUCAUUGGCAGAGCCGGCAAAGAGGAAGCAUAACGCAUGUGACUUUGUGUUGUGAAUGACACGGCCACUGUUAAGAAGCUUGGAGAUUGUCCAUAAAAGUGAAGGAGCGCUCGCGCAAAUAGGCCUACUUCGGUUUAUGUUUUAGGCUUGCCAAAUACUCAGCAUAAUCCGCAUUGUUUUAAGUCGUCAAGGGCAGCAAAAGUGCUGACUGCUGAAGGGCUUCGACAAGAAAGUCCUGGAAACACCUGCUGUCUCAUUUGGAUAUUGAUUUUUUUUUUUUCUUCUUUUACCCUUGGAAUAGGCUACGAUGGGCAUCCUUUAUUCUUGCGCGCUACAUGGUUAGAUUUUAAACGUUUCAUUGUCAUCGUUUGAAUAGGUCUGCUUAAACAAAAUAUUGAAGAUUGCUCUCCACGUAUGAUAAAACAGAAAUGCCUGAACAAGAUGACUUUCCAAUCCGCAAGCGCCUAUGCUAUGCUGUCGGACAUUUCUUGAAUGACUUGUGCGCGUCUAUGUGGUUCACGUAUUUGCUGGUGUAUUACCACACCAUCCUCGGUUUCCUCGACACAUACGCAGGUGUUCUUCUGCUCAUCGGUCAAAUAGCGGACGGGAUUUGCACGCCUCUCAUCGGUUACGAAUCAGACCGGACACCGGGAUGUGGAUCUUAUGGGAAAAGAAAGACUUGGCAUUUAGUGGGAACUUUGUGUGUGAUUUUGUCCUUCCCUUUUAUAUUUAACCCUUGUCUUGGGUGUGCCGGGGGUACGCCAAAUUGGGUGGGGAUCACCUACUUUACCCCGUUCAUAAUCGUGUUCCAGUUCGGCUGGGCAGCCACCCAGAUAUCCCACCUGUCCCUCAUCCCUGAACUGGUCUCCUGCGAACAUGACAAGGUGGAACUCACAGCAUACAGGAAUGCUUUCAGUGUGGUGGCUAACAUCACAGUGUAUGGUCUGGCGUGGCUACUCUUCCACUUCCAAGCACAGGAUGUGGAUCCCAGCGCUACCGACGACUUGGGACCUGUGGAUAUUCCACUGUUCAGGGAACUGGCUCUGAUAGUGGUGGGCACGGGGGCAGUGUUCUCCCUCAUCUUCCACCUGGGCAUCCGUGAGAAGGCCCCGCUGGGGGUGGAGGAGGAGGCAGAGGCUGGUGAGCGGGAAUGCCUGACCACUUCCUACCAGAGCCUCAUGCCUCCAUCCCCUCAAAGCUCCACCCCUCCUGUGCUGCUCCAGUGGAAACAUUGGCUUCGGGAGCCAUCCUUCUACCAGGUGGCUCUGCUGUAUAUGUGUACCAGGCUGAUAGUGAACCUGUCACAGACGUAUAUCUCCAUGUUCUUGACCAAUUCCCUGAUGCUCCCUAAGAACUUCAUAGCCACAAUCCCACUGGUGAUGUAUGUGAGUGGGUUUGUGUCAUCGCUGGUCAUGAAACCUAUUAGCAAGCGCAUCGGCAUUAACAUGACCUAUUUGGUUGGGCUGCUGCUGAUCAUGGCCUUUGCCUUGUGGGUUCUGCUGGAGAAGAACAUGGGGAAGCACAUCUACGGAGCAGCGGUUCUCCUGGGGUCCGGUUCCACCAUUAUCCUGGUCAUGUCUCUGUCCCUGACCGCCAACCUCAUCGGAGAACAAACGCAAAGUGGAGCCUUUGUGUAUGGAGCAAUGAGCUUUACUGACAAAGUUGCCAAUGGCGUUGCUGUGAUGCUAAUCCAAACCUUGUAUCCUUGUCACACUGCAGCCUGCUGUCCUGACUGUGUGUGGUUCUACCACCAUGUGAUGGUGUCUGUGACUGGCGGGGUGGCUCUGAUGGCGGCGCUGGCUCUGAUCAGUCUCUUCGUCUGGCCCAUCCAGAUUCGCCGAGGUCUUCCUGUUUUAACCGGAAGCACGGCAGCGGAUGGAAAGGAUACAUAUGGCACUCUGAGCCACUCUGUUGUGAACUGAAGGCCUGAGGCCGCACUGAUAACACUGGUGUUUGCCACGGCUGUGUUGGCUGCUCGUGCACGGGAAGAGUAAAGGAAACCACCUGGCAACCCUGUUUUCUUUUUCUGUUUUUUUCCCCCUUUUUUCAGAUCCUUCAUGUGGUUGAACAGUGAGGUACAUCAAUAAUGUAAGAAACUUGUUAUUGAAGUCAUCAGACAACAUCAGUUUGCUAUGGCAUUGUUGACACUAUCUUUAAUCAGCAUGUUUUAUACGUUCAUUGUUGGCAUUUAAGGAGAACACUCAGACUGUUUUAUUAUGAGUCAUUAUGUUUUUUUAAGGAUUCAUACCGUUUUAGUAGUACUCUUUAUGGGUAGUUAGUUUUUAACAUUCUCCAUAGAGUGCUGCUAUUCACUGGGUGCCUAUAGUAUAAUCAUUCUAUGUUUUUUUUUUUUUUUUUUAAUGUGUUUUGAUUAUUACUUUUUAAACACUUUUAAACUAUUGCCCUUUUUAUGUGUUUCAAUUAUUACUUUUUAUGCUUUUAUGCUUUUAUGUACUAUUACCUAAUGUGUUUUCUUUUUUCUUUUUUCUUUAUUCUUUAACGUUGAAACUAUUCUUUGACUAUUGCCCUUCAAUGCUUUUAUUAGCUAUUCCUGUUUGCUUGUGAAUGUGCAAAGCACACUGAAUGACCUAUGUGUAUGAUAUGCGUUAGGCUAUAUAAAUAAGGUUGACUUGUCUUGACUUGACAAUAACCUAAAUGCAUAUCCUAAUCCAUAUUGAUGGCAUUCAAAAGCAGAAUGCUUCUGUGGCAAGGCCAUUGAAAGACUCUUAGUUAUAGAUCCAGUCAUUCGGAGAAGUCACUAUCUCUAGUGUAGCACUCAUUGUACAAAAGCUCAGAGAAAGUGGAUAUGAGGGACAGACUCGUUCACAGACAAGAUAAUUCUGCUAACCAUUUGGUUUCUGUUCCUCUAAUGUCUGUACUGAAUUGUUGCUGUGAUAUGCAAACAGGUCUGAUGUGUAAAUGUUAUGUAUAGCUGAAACUUGAUGAUUGUGUAUCAUCAAUGCUUGUUGCACUGAAGUGGAUUUUCUUUAUUGUCGUUUUUUCUAAAGUCUUCUAUUGGAUGCAUUUUUUAAUACUUCCAGUUGUAAAGUCACAUUUUGCAAAGAACACUUUCAAAUUCAGUACAUUCAGUCCGUGAGCGGAUCACAUUGUACUCACAUAUAUAGUGUGAUGCCUGUACAUAGAGUCAAAUGAAAUUUUUCGGUCAGAUUUAUUUUAGGGACAAACGGUUUUGUCAGUAAAGUGUAUUUCAAUCAUUUUAUCUUGUCUCAUUUUGUAUUCCCAGUAAUAUUUUCUUGUCAUCGAUUUUCAUUUUGAGAAAACAAAAACCUCAUUUAAUUGGUGAGAAGUGUGGACUACUACAUCAUUUAGAUCAAUAUUUGGAGGUUUGGACUUUGUCUUUCCUUUCCCCAGGCUUAUGUCUCGCAUACUAUAAAUAACAAGACUUUCAUUAUGAGUAGAGCGAGUUCUUCAUUACAUUUGAAUCCCAGCAUUACUUUCACUAUUUAGUAGCCACACCUGGUAGACUGCUGGAAGCCACUUUGUUUGGAGCCUGUGCCUUAAGACUGACAUAAUGCUGAUACAAUCCUUUUGCAAUAUGUUAUGACAUUUAUGUUACC